GGGCGGGGGCAGCGGCCGCCGCCGUUUGAUGGAUCCGAGGAUCGCCUGGUUCCAGCCAGAGCAGCUCGGACCGUCCAACAGUCUGUGGAUGCAGAUCUGGGAGACGACCCAGGGGCUGAGGAACCUCUACUUCAACCACCACUGUCACAGCAGCGGCGGCGGCGGCGGCACGGCCCCCGGCGGCAGCGGCAGCAGCACCGGCAGCUCGGGCGGCGCGGCCCCGGCCCCGGCCGGCAUGUACCGCUCCGGGGAGCGCCUGCUGGGCGGCCACGCGGUGCCGGCCGAGCAGCGGGACUUCCUGCCCCUGGAGACGACCAACAACAACAACAACCACCACCAGCCCGCGGCCUGGGCCCGCCGGGCUGCCUCCGGCCCCGCGGCGCCCUCGUCCCCCCCCGGGUCCUCGUCCCCGCACCCCUCGGCCGCCGCCCCCAGCGCCGAGCCCGCCGACCCGGCCUCGGGCAGCAGCAACAAGAGGAAGCGCGACAACAAGGCCAGCACCUACGGACUCAACUACAGCCUGCUGCAGCCCAGCGGAGCGCGGGCCCCGGGGGGCGGCCGGGCGGACGGCAGCGGGGGCGUGUACAGCGGGACCCCGUGGAAGCGGAGGAACUACAACCAGGGAGUCGUGGGCCUGCAUGAAGAAAUUAGUGAUUUUUAUGAGUACAUGUCUCCGAGACCGGAGGAGGAGAAGAUGCGGAUGGAGGUGGUGAACAGGAUCGAGAGUGUGAUCAAGGAGCUCUGGCCCAGCGCCGAUGUCCAGAUAUUUGGAAGUUUUAAAACUGGCCUCUAUUUACCUACUAGCGACAUUGAUCUUGUGGUGUUUGGGAAGUGGGAGAACCUGCCCCUCUGGACCCUGGAAGAGGCUCUUCGGAAACAUAAAGUGGCAGAUGAGGAUUCUGUGAAAGUUCUAGACAAAGCAACUGUACCUAUUAUUAAAUUAACAGAUUCUUUUACUGAAGUGAAAGUUGAUAUCAGCUUUAAUGUACAGAACGGUGUGAGAGCUGCUGACCUCAUCAAAGACUUUACCAAGAAAUAUCCUGUAUUACCAUACUUGGUUUUAGUGUUGAAACAAUUCUUAUUACAGAGGGACCUUAAUGAAGUAUUUACGGGUGGAAUUGGUUCUUAUAGUCUAUUUUUAAUGGCAGUCAGUUUCCUUCAGUUACAUCCCAGGGAAGAUGCUUGCAUCCCCAACACAAACUAUGGUGUUCUCUUAAUAGAAUUUUUUGAAUUAUAUGGACGACACUUCAAUUAUUUAAAGACUGGCAUCCGGAUAAAGGAUGGUGGUUCAUACGUGGCCAAAGAUGAGGUGCAGAAAAACAUGCUGGAUGGCUACAGGCCGUCAAUGCUUUAUAUCGAAGACCCUUUACAGCCAGGUAAUGAUGUUGGAAGGAGUUCCUAUGGAGCCAUGCAAGUGAAGCAGGCCUUUGAUUAUGCCUACGUUGUUUUGAGUCACGCUGUAUCGCCAAUAGCGAAGUACUAUCCCAACAACGAAACCGAGAGCAUAUUAGGUCGAAUAAUUAGAGUAACGGAUGAAGUUGCCACGUACAGAGAUUGGAUAUCAAAGCAGUGGGGCUUGCAGAAUAGGCCUGAGCCUUCGUGCAAUGGAAAUGGUGUUACCUUGAUAGUAGAUACUCAGCAGUUAGAUAAAUGUAAUAAUAAUCUAUCUGAAGAAAAUGAAGCCCUUGGAAAAUGUAGAAGUAAAACUUCGGAAUCUCUUAGUAAACACUCUUCAAACUCUUCAUCAGGUCCAGUGUCUUCCUCUUCUGCCACGCAGUCCAGCUCGAGUGAUGUAGAUUCCGAUGCGACACCAUGCAAAACCCCGAAACAGCUGCUCUGCCGUCCGUCCACUGGGAACCGGGUGGGGUCACAGGAUGUGGCCUUGGAGUCCUCUCAGGCUGUCGGGAAGAUGCAGAGCACCCAAGCCACUAACACUUCCAACAGCACCAACAAAUCUCAGCAUGGAUCAGCAAGGCUCUUUCGUUCUUCCAGCAAAGGCUUCCAAGGUACAACUCAAACCACCCAUGGUUCCUUGAUGACAAACAAACAGCAUCAAGGCAAAUCAAAUAAUCAGUAUUACCAUGGCAAAAAGAGGAAACACAAGCGGGAUGCCCCCCUCUCAGACCUUUGCAGAUAGUCGGCAUUGUACGAGGGACUGUCGUCUGUGUGCAGUGAUCUCAUGCUCAGGACAGUUGGAUAGGGACUCCUGGGAGACAUUCGGGAGCCUUACGCUGUUCAGACGUUGAUUUAGCAACUGCGUUUUUUCCCAGCUCGCCACAGAAUGGAUCAUGAAGUCUGACAACUACAAAAGCAAAAAGCAAGCAAAAAAGGGGGGAAAAAAAAGGCUGCUCAUGUGAUAAGUCAUAUGCUACAACAGGGUCAUUUUAAGAUUUAAAGCUUGAAUGUAAAAUAAAUAUAUUUCUCAUUGGCUUUAUGCAGAGUUAUAGGGAAUAGUAUUCAGUGUGGGUGAUAGAAACAAAGAACAGUUUCAGAGAGUGGGGUGGGGAAGGACAACAGAGAUACCGUACAGGAAGUCCAGAGUCCAACGGGGAAAGUGAUCUGUGCAUGUUUUUGUUUUUGUUUUGUUUUGUUUUUUAAAUAUUUUGCAUAUAUUUACCAUUUUAUUGUGUGUAUAUAUAGAAGACCAUAUAGGAAAUUGAUAUUUGUAAUAGUGGAUUUGUUAAUACUUUUUACAUAACAUUACUGUUUAAAUUGUAAACAGAUUUUUCUCAGGAUUAGUUUGAAAAAUAAUCUGAAUUGUCAUCUUAACAUCCAUAUAUAAGGAAAUGAUUAGUUCUAUGACUCAGUUUGUUUCCUCAGCGUUGGAAUGACUUAAUAGAAAACCUCGUGCUGCAAAAAUUUUUCCUCUCUAAAGAAAAGGUUUAUGGUGGCAAAUGACGUUUAUUUUAUUUUGUAAAAAAAGGUGUCCUAUGUACCGUUGUGCAAACACUGACAACCCCCUGUCAUCUCUAGGAAUUAACUUGCCCCUGUCUCCUCCAGUGCUGUCGCCCUGGGCAGUGGGCAGUCACAUGACUUUGUGUUCCUUUCCUUUGCAGUCUUUUUUUUUUUUUUCCUUCCUAAUAGGGGAAAAAAAAAAAACCCAAGUCUCGUCCAGUCCCUGUUGCAGUGAGGCCUCCGCCCCCCCAGAUAUGUGCAUGCCGGCUGCUCUGGCCUGUCUGCUGCCUGUGCUGUUUGCCUCAUCUUAGUCCUCUUUAAAGUCACGCGUAACUGCUGUGGGAGAGAAUAACUGUAAACAGCUUUAAUUAAAUCAUACUUACAAAAAACUAUUUUCUUAUACUCCACUUUAUGUUUUUGGUAUUGUUUAUCUUUAAAAAUUAAAUGGUCUUUGAUAAUGGAUCUAUUUUGUAUUGCCUUAUUAAGACCAAAUACUUCUUGUCAUCCCAUUCUUGACCCUCUCCUUUCAUGGAAUUGUUAUCUUGAAUUAAAACUUUUUUAAACAUUGACUUGUUUCAAUCAUACUGUAAAUUUUGGUCGUGACCAGCUUUGAGUGCAAAUGAGAUCUGUAAUUCUGUUAUUCAUCAUAUGUUGAGUUUGAAACUCAGUUGGGAAUAUUUGAUAGAAUAGAAUAGAAGUGACAUUUCUGAAAAUGCUUUCUUUUCAAGGUGAAAGCUCUUAUGUUUAGCAUCAGCGUGUGUGGCUCUGUUAAAUGCAGCCAUUUCUGAGAUAAAAUUAAUAUAUAUAUACACACAUACACAUAUAUUUAUUUUACUAUUGGCUUUUAGAAAUUUUAUAUGCAUUUAUGAAAUAAUAAGACCAAUCAGACCAUUUAUGAACACUUAGUGGAACUUUUUAUUAAAUAAUGUUAAAGUAAGACCAAAACUGAUGUCAUCAUUGAAAUUAACAUUUUCAAUACGUUCGUAUUUUAAUUCACAAAAAAUGUGUCCCAGAACUGGAAACUCAUAAUACUCAUGUAAACUGUGGGAGAUUUUAAAUGUGAUGUUAUUUUGACAAUGUUUUAAAUUUUGGAGUCACAUUUUAUUCUGAUCAGAAUUUUUAUCAAGAUGUUGAGCUUUUGUUUUUCGAACCUAGUUUGUCAUAACAUUGUGCAUAAUCACAGUAUUUAUUUCCUAGGACUGUUGUGAAUGUGUAGACUUAUGUUUACUGCUAAGGGAACAAUUAUUUAUAAAAUAAUAUUAAAUCCAGUAUUAGCUGCCUAUUUCAGACACUUAAUACUUGCAGAGAUCCAUGUUACAUUGACCACACUGAAGUUUUUUUUAAGAAUCACCCUCAUUGUUGAAAGUAAAUGUAAUCUUAGGGGGCAGAUAUUAGUGUUCCAAUAAGCAUGUGAUUAUAUUAAGGUGGUGGUAGCGGGAAGAUAAUCUUGAUUCCAUUGGGAAUCUUAGGUUUUCGUAAAUUUAUUGGGAAAAUAGUUUUUCCUGUACUGCUGAAGUUUCUUUUUGGUAAACAGUAUCUUUCUAAAAGAAAAAGCAUGAAGGAGAAAUUGAGGUGUGUACAUUUCCUCAAAUGACCAGCAUUGUAUUCGUGAAUACUGUGUAUCUUGCGAUGAACAGUGUGGAAGCUGUUCGUUUUUCAAUCUGAAGUAAAAUACUUUCAAGAACUUUUAGUUUGCCUGCUCAUUUGUUUUGUACAUUUCAUCUCUGUAUUUGACUCCUGUCUUAUUUCUUUUUUGAGUUUCAAUACUUUCUCUAAAGCUUUUGUGACUAUAUCAGAAACGUUUCAUUUAGCUAUUGCAGUCCAUCCACAUCCAUGAAUCAUGACCUUCCUUUGCCAGUACUUGGAGGACAGGGUUUACACAUUCUGCCUCACUGUGUGACAUUUCUUUGGCAGUGAUGUAUCUGUACCUGGUCAGGGUCAAAGCACUUUAAAAAGUAAUUAAAAAAAAAAUUACUGGUUUUUAGAGGUGCUGAUGGAUCAAAGAGGUGUCAGCACAAAACGUGAAUGGUUAUAUUUUGAUGAUAAAAUGUAAAUGCCUUUUUUCCCCUCCAGUUUUAAGGUGUUGAUGAAGGUGCCUGGUUUUUUAGUGUCUUUGUUUCGUUUGGAGAUGUUGCAUUUGGUUUUCAAAUCUAGCUCUGAUCUAUGAGAUCUACUGUUUUUAUAUAUAGUUGCCCUCCCAUCUGUUCAACAGUUGAUCAUAUAUUUUUUGCCCUAUUUUGAGUGUGUUUUACCUUUGCUUGCAUUUCGAGCCUCUCAUUAAUAUUUGGCUACCUGUUUUGGCUCUAGAUACUCCUGAAUAAAGUUUUCACAGAGUAAAACACAGGCAGUAGGGAGAAACAUUACUUGUCUUUUCCCUGUGAAGUCUCCUCUUUCCGUGUGUUUUCUUCUUAUUCCCUCCCCCAUGUCAUGGUAAGUGUGAGUUGUGUUUGCCAUAACCUGUGGAGUAGUGUUCAAGGUUUCCAGAAAUGCAGGCGGGUCAGAAGAGAGCGUGGCUCCUGUGAACUGCAGGACCCUGUUGUGGUGACAUGUGUUCAUUGCAGAGACCUCCCCAAUGACUAGAAUGUAGUUGUCAAGGUUGCUCUUUAGAAAUCAUCAUUAUCUGGUAUUAUUGAUGGUUUGCCGAUAUUUUUAUCAUUCAUGAGUACAUCUCAAUUUUAUUUUAAUAUUGAUUUAUAAUUUGAAACUGAUCAAUUCCUUCAGCUAUAACAUGCUGUUGAUUUAUUUUUUAGUGUUUCAGUCACUAACUAGGAAUGUUCAUAGGGACUUGGUUGCUUCUCAAUUAACUUCUCAAAAUUCAGUGGUAAACUAUAAAAAAAAAUUCCCAACUUUGCUGUGAUAUAAAUAUUGAAACGUUAAAAUUAACGAUCAAAAGAUUUGUUCUUAUCCAUUAGUUCUUACUCGCCCAGCUCAUUAAGUUGUCUUAAUUAGUGGAAAGCAACAUCUCACGAAGUAUUUUAUGAGCAACGUAUUCUAUAAAUGGCUCUAUUAAAUUUAAUUGAAUAAAAAGUUAUAUUUAAUAGUCACUCUUUUUAGUAAUUCUCAUCAGUGACAUAGCUGAUCUAGUGAAAUAUUUAGAAAAUGAUACAGCAUUCAAGUGGGGACAAAGAUUUGUGUCAGUAAUUCCUUGGAGGUGUUGUCUUCACCUUGCCAGAGAUUCUAAACUUGAAGACUUUAGCUAGCUUGCCAUUUUGUGAAAACACGUAUGGAUGGAAUAACUGUUAGAGAACAAAUUCUAAUAUGCUACUUGAUAUUUAACGUACAUAUUUAAGAAAUAAGCCAGAUGUUACUAUGGAAAUUAUUGGCGUGGCUCACAAACUCGGCAUAGCCCAGAAGCCUUUUUCUUGACCACCUUGUGAGCUGCCUUGACUUCACAUUUUAAGCAACAAUUUUUUUUCAUCAAAGAGAAUGAGCUAAAGAAAUGUAUAAAUUGACUUGAUAAAAUUAUUUAUCAGAAAAAUUGUUUAUGAGGUCUGCUGAUUUGUUUGAUAUCCAGAAUUAAAUAUUUAUUUAAGGAAGUUUUUAGUUAAUAAAGUGAUAAUGUUUGUUUUACUCUAUCUCAGGUUUUUGUUUUUUUCAGCCUUUGCCUUUUAUAUUUUCUGAUUAAGUAUGUGCCUUACUAAGUUUAACCUAGUUUAUAAUAGUCUACUAGCCUGAAAGAUGGGCAAACCAGGGUGAUGAAGAUAGCAGGUCUCCUUGGGUUAUUAUUAGCUUGAGUUAUCUCCUGAAUUUACUGAGAGACAUUUUAGCCGUAUCGAUACCAAUAGGUGAUAGUGUGGAAAUCAGGUAUUCUCCUAAUUUGCAUAUUUUGGUGAAAGCUUUUGUUGGUAUUUGUACAUCACCUUUAUUUUUACGUUUUAACUUAAGUCCUUUAGUUCCGAGGCCUGGAUACUUUUCAUUGCAUCAGCUGUCAUGUGGCCUGAUGAUAGCAGGGAAGGUCUCCACUGAGGACACAGUUUAGCCGAAUUAUUUAGGAGUGUUGUUUUAUCUUAAAGAUACUAAAAGCCCCCCAAAACUAAACCCAUUUCCAUCAAGUCGAUUCUGAUUCAUAGUGACCCUGUUAAAGAUACUACAGAAACAAAAUGCAUACAGCUCAAGUGAGAAAGAUUCUGAAGUGAAAAAGCUGGCCAUUACCUGAAUGGUGGAGUGGGUAGAUAAGGGAGAAGAGGGGAAGGCGAGGAGAAGCAGCCGCAGAAGCUGGUACUUGCCUUUUAUCGUUAGCUAGCCCGAGCUUUUAAAGACAGUGAGGCUAUUGGUUAUCAGGCAUAUUCUUUGAGUUUAAAUUUAUCUUCACCUUUCAGUUUGGGUUAUGCGCAGUUGAGCUAUUCCUUAAGAUAAUUUCAUUAUUUUGCACUUAGUUGAAAUUUGUUAUAAUGUAUCACUUUGUCCCUAAACUUAACCUCUGAAUUUUAAGACCUCUCUCUGAUUUUUAUAUAUUGAAAUUUUCAUGAAUCACAUUUUUUUUUAAAGUUUUUAAAACUCCUGUAAUCCUAAUAUAAACCAAAGGGUUGUUAUUACAAGCAUCAGCCUUCACACUUUUCUGACUACUAAAAAGCACUGUCUUAACACCCGGUGUUAAAGGGGAAAAGUGAGGGGGCAGCAAUUGUAGUUUCUUUCCAGAUGUAAAGUGUAAAGGACUGCUGACAUAAACAUUUUUAGUGGGAUAUACUAUAUAGAUAGACAUGUUUAGAAAGUUUGAUGAAACCAGUGUUUGUUUUUAAUAACUUUUUCAUUUAUUUCCCUCUGAUUAGCAUUGCCUUCUGGGUUAAGAAAUGUGGACUCCUGUGAGGUGCUGGAGGUUUGAACCAUCCUGAAAGCUUCCCAAUCUUGUCUAGUUACUGCUUCAGAGGCACUAAGGAAUUUAUGAGAAAAAGAGAUUUGAUACAAACGAUUUAUGAGAUCUCGACAGUUCCUGAGGCCUUAUAACUGGGCGCCAGUUAUGAAUAUUAUGGAUGAAUUGUGCAUCUGGAAGCUUUUUAAAGCUAAAAACAAUUUCUUCAAAGAUGUCAGUUGUUUGCCUUGAAAAUUUUAUAAAUUGCAUUCUUAUUCCCUUUUGCCCCCAGUGCUUACCAUUCGGUUUUUAUUCAUGACCUGCAAUUCAGUAAAGCCUUUGUGCUUUCAUUUAUCUUUAAGACGCUGGUGUGAGACUUCAGGUAAAACUUGAAUGGCUAGUUCUUUUUUUUUUUCCUACUAAUGUAUCCUCCAUUUCUGAAGACAGCUCUGGUUAGACCGGUGGGAGAUUUUCUUGUGCAUAAGCAGCAUCUCUGUGAACUGGGUUUUCACCCUUUUUCACGCCAGCAGUGAAGUGGGAGAUGCUUUAGGAUACUGUUUUCUACUUGGGUCCUAGAUAACGAUUUCAGUUUGCCUCCCCACAGCCAUUCCAAGGCUCAUGGAAACUGACUCCCUAGAGUUUGAUUAUUUGCAAAUACCAUCCCAGUUUUAUCCUUUGCUUUAACGUCAAGGGUUCUGCUCACAGCACUGAGACGUUGGAAUUGUUUACCCUAGGUGAGGUUCUGCUCACAGCACUGAGACGUUGGAAUUGUUUACCCUAGGUGAGGUGGAGCAACAAGUCACACAGACUGUUAAAACAGGGUAAUGAAAAUGUUUGCUGCACCAAAAAGAGACAAGCACUGUUCAUAACCAAAGUGCAAGCAAAGCAUAUUUUCAGAAUUCUAUGCCCUCCUUUGGCUUGCAUUGGUUGCGCCUGCGUGGGACCUGUCUCAAUGGUAGUGAAGAAAAUGCUGUGUAAUAUCCAGAUAAUCACUGGAUUUACAAGCUGCAAUAUGUAGAUGACACAACCUUGUUUGCUGAAAAUGAAGAGGCCUUGAAGCAUUUAACUGAUGAUCAGACUACAGCCUUCAGUAUGGAUUGCAUCUUAACACAAAGAAAACAAAAAUCCUCAACAACUGGACCAAUAAGCAGCAUCAUGAUAAAUAGAGGAAAUAUUGGCGUCCUCAAGGACUUCAUUUUACUUGGAUCCACAAUCAAUGCCCACGGAAACGGCAGUCAAGAAAUCAAACAACACAUUGCAUUGGGCAAAUCUGCUGCAAGAGACCUCUUUAAAGUGUUAAAAAGCAAAGAUGUCACCUUGAGGACUAAGGUGCACCUGACCUAAACCACGGUAUUUUCAAUCUCCUCACAUGCAUGAAAAAGUUAGGCAAUGAAUAAGGAAAACUGAAGAAUUGAUACCUUCAAAGUAUGCUGUUGGCAAAUAAUAUUGAACACACCAUGGGCUGCAGAUGAACAAGUCUGUCUUGAAAGAAGUAGAGCCAUAAUGCUCCUUAGAAGAAAAGAUAGAUUUCGUCUCACGUACUUCGGACAUGUUAUCAGGUGAGACCUGUCCCUGGAGAAAGACGUCAUGCUUGGUAAAGUAGAGGGUCGGUGAAAAAGAGGAAGACCCUCAAUGCGAUGGAUUGACACAGUGGCUGCAACAAUGAGCUCAAAUAUAGCAACAAUUGUAAGGAUGGUGCAGGACCAGGCAGUGUUUUGUUUUGUUGUGCGUAGAGUCGCUAUGAGUCGGAACUGAUUUGACGGCACCUAACGACAACAAUCACUGGACUUAGAGUGAAGAGUUAGUUGUUCAGCAGUAUGUAGACAACUGACUUGUAAAACCAGCCUGAUUUCUUCUGUUCCAUUCUGAAACAUGUUUUGGAUGUUCUCAUUAAAAGAAAAAAAGAAAAGAAAAAAGAAGAGUAUAAGCCUUUUAAAUAGCAUGCCUAAAGUUUCUCAAAUGGUAAAUUGGAGAAUCAGCUGAAUAUACAGAACAAUUUUGUCCGUCUACCCAGACAGUGAGUUUACUUAAUUUCACAAGUAGCAUAUGGAUAAGUCUUUUGUGGAGAAAUGUCGAUAUUAAGUAUCUAAAUAAAAAGAUACAGUCCCCCUUCACUCCUGAUCUCACUUCACUCCUCAGAGCUAGCCAGGUGAAUUUUAGAAUGCAUCCUUCUAGGUUUCAUUCUGUGCAUUUACAUACGUAAAUGUAAGUAUACACAUAUCUGGUUUCCCCUUUAACAUAAAUGGGAUCAUACUGUAGUAGUCUACGACUCCCCCGCCACAGAGAUCUUUCCAUAGUGGUACACGUAGAGAUCUAUUUCAUUCCUUUUCAUUAUGCUGAGUUUUGCUUGCAAAUUGCCAUAGUAAAAUAACAUAUCAGAUUCCCCAAGGCACUUAUAAACAAACUUUCAUGAAGUGCUGAGUAUUCUUCAGCUUACUUGAAUAGGGGUUCUAUAAAGCAUUGCUGUUUGAUGGCACUUUUCUUCUGAACUGAGUUUAUUGGGAAUGUUUUCCCAGCUUUAUAUUCUUUUAGGUGAAUUUUCAUGAGUUGCUUUGAUGAAUGCUUCAUCUUUCGAUAUUUUCGUUAGCUUAAUUUAAACGUGUUUAACAACACGGUCCUCUGAAAUUUACUGCCCUACUACUUUUCCUGUAUUUUAUUUCUGCUUCAGAAUUUUUUUUGAUCUUAGCAAAACUGAUGGAAAAAAAAAUCACUUAUGUUAAUCAUUCACCACAAGUCCCCAAAACUCAAUCUUUUUAAGACCCUUCAAUAGCUGCGGCAUCAGCAACUAAAACUUCCCCUAAAAGUAAGUUAUCUGCCUUAAAGUAGAAGGAAUCAUACCGUGGGCAAAAGGAGGUUACUCUAGUGAGGAAAUCCAGUUAUUUGGGGCAGAGAAGGCAGAGUUGCCUCGGAUAUUUUGGGGGAAAAAGAAAAGCAGAGAAUGAAAGGUAGCUAUGGGAGGUUCCAGAUGGUGAUCCUUCUUAGGCUCAGGAGCGCUGUUGUUGUCAGGCGCUGUUGUUGUCAGAUGCCGUCGGAAAAAAAACAAAAACCUAUUGUCGUCAGGUCAAUUCCGACUCAUAACUAUCCUAUAGGACAGACUAGAACUACCCCAUAGGGUUUCCCAGGAGCAACCGGUGGAUUUGAAUUGCCACCUUUUGGUUAGUCAGAUGCUUAACCACUGCACCGUCAGGGCUCCGUCGGGUUGGUUCCAACUCAUAGCGACCCUGUGUACAACCGAAACACUGCCUGGUUCUUGUUCCACUGCUGUUCAUAAGGUUUUCACUGGCCAAUUUUCUCAGAAGUAAGUCUUGAGGACUUUCUUCCUAGUCUGUCUUAGUCUGGCAGCUCUGCCGAAACCGGUCCGCCACGGGUGACCCUGCUGGUAUUUGAAAUACUGGUGGCAUAGCUUCCAGUGUCAUAGCAACGUGCAAGCCACCACAGUACAACAAACUGACAGACGGGUGGUGAUUAGGAGCAUAGCAAUAUUGGUUUUUGUUUGUUUUUUAGGCGGUAUUUUCCUUGAAGCAUCUUAGGCCUUCUUAGGCUCUCCUUACAUGAUGGUAGAAUUUCUGCUGUACUUUCUACUCACUGGUGUUCAGAAAAGUCUGUUAUCAAAUGUUCUAUACGUAAAGGUUUAACUCAGCAGUGCACCUUCUUUGACUUUUAGGUUGGGAAUUUUUUCUAAGUGAAAUGCUUUAUCUUCUUACUUGUCUAAAAAAAAUCCAUUAAAUGACCCAAAGAAACUAAUAAUCUAUUAAAUAAUUCAUUCGGAAAGUAGCAUAAGAGUGUGUGUGUGUGUUUUAAAGCAAGUGACUAAAUCUUUUUUGAAAACAUGGGAUUAAAAUUUUUUGUUAUUGUUGAAGAGGAGCCCAUCCCAAGCACAGAUGAGACUAGAUAAAAAAAAGAAAAUGUAUAUAUGGUCAUGCCAACAUUAAAAGGAAAGGCAAGGAGAGGGUUAUUAAAAGUAUCCAAAGACCUAUUUAAAUGGCGUGUCAAUUCUUAAUUUAGUUUACAAACCACUUUUAUAGUUAAAUCAUUCUGGCAGGUAACUUCAGGAAUGUGGCUUUGUACGAGCAAUCUUUAAAAUAGUUGUAGGGUGGAUUACACCAUGCAUCUUUGCUUUUUAAAACCCAGUCAGGGUUCCACGUGUCGGCUGUGAUAAGUACUCAAGACAGCGCCACAGGAGGACAGAAGGUAAGCAACAAAGACAGCACAGGAAAAGCCUGUCUCAAAAUAGAGGUGUAUGAGGCAGCUGGGCAGGACACAGGAGGGUGGAAGGGUGCUGGGAAACUGGGCUGGGCCUGCCAAGAAAGUGGACAAGGCCAGGUGGAUGGGGGCUGGCGGACGGGGGCAGGGCAGCAGUUCUGUCAUAGUCCUGCAUCCCCUUCCUCCACUUUCCCCCUCUUCCUAGGCAGCCACUUCAAACUUUGGGGGGCAGUGCUUACUUCUAAGUCUUUAAAUAAUAUGCUUCUAUUGCCACUUCUUAGUUUUUAAUUCUUGAACUUAUCUGUUGACUUCCCACAACCCCUGAAUUCUUUCUGUGCCCCAGACUCCAAAUAGAGUUAUGCUGAGUUUUGUUUAACUCAAAGUUAAUGUUUAUGUUGAGUAUCAUGAGUGUGUAAAUGCUAUUCCUCCUACGGAGCUGUGUAAUAAAAUGGUUCUUUUUCUGCACAACUUUUUUUGUUUUCUCAUGGAGUUUGUUGGCUAUUUUUUUUCUGAUUUUUAAAUUGUCCAUAUACUUCUCUAAUUCACCCAAAAACUCUGUCAAUUUCCUAAGCCUCUACCAAUGCUCAGGUGCAUCAGAUAUCUUCUCAGAAGCAUCUCCGGGAGUACAGACCAGCUGUGUCUGGUGCAUGGCUGUCCUGGUAUCUCCCUUCAUCUCCACCCCUCCCGUGUUGCAGCUUGUGUUCUCUGUAGCCCGUAUUUCCUUCUUUCUUGAUAAAGUCCCUUUUUUCACUGGUACACACCCCCCAGUAUCUUCCUGAAAAAGAGCACACAUCCCCCAAGACUAUGCCCCUCAGACACCCUUCAAACUAGGAACUGAACCCACUUCCAGAGAUAACCACUAAGCCAAAUAAUAGGCGGUUUAUAAAGUGAGCAAUAACGCUGGUGAGGAAUGUGUUGCUAGAACAUUCAACUAUUUGAGACUAAAAGGGUAGCAUUUGCUCAAAGGUAAAGUUCAGAAGGCAGGAAGGGGCAGGAAAAUUGGGCAAAUGGAAAUUGGGAACACAGAGUGGAAGUGGGGACAGUGCUGACAUACUGAGGGAAUUGCAACCAAUGUUACAAAAAAAAAAAAAAAUCCAUGUAUAAAUUGUUGAA